UCCCCCUACCUGGACACGCACCCCCUACCUGGACUCCCCCUACCUGGACACGCCCACCACACCCCCCUGCCCGGCUGGGGGCUCCUGCCCCUCCCUGCUCCCGGACGCCUGGGUCCCUGGUCGCUGCCGCGGGGAUGGGGCCCCGGAAACACCUGCUGCUGGUGUGGCUGGCGCUGUGGCCCCUACUAGGCCUGGGCGAGCCAGCCUCCGACGGGCCCCACAGCCUGGCCUAUCACUACGUGGGCACCUACGACGCCUCGGGGCUGCUGGAGUUCGGGGCGGCCGGGCUGCUGGACGGGGCGCCCAUCGACGGCUACGACCGGGCCGCCCGCGCCAAGGUGCCCGCCCAGCCCUGGGUGGGCGACGGGCUGGACCCCGAGUACUGGCGCCAGGGGGGCGUCUCGCGGGCCGCCAAGGAGGACUGGUUCCGGCGCAACGUGGAGAUCCUGAAACAGAGAACCAACCAGACGCAGGGCCGCCACACCCUGCAGUGGGCGCUGGGCUGCGAGCAGGAGCCCGGGGGCGUGGUCCGCGGCUGGUACCAGUUCGGCUACGACGGGCAGGACUUGGUGGUGUUCGACCGGGGGAACCGGCGCUGGCUGGCGGCUCUGCCCUGGGCCGAGGCCACGCGGCGCCGCUGGGACGCCCAGCCCGAGUUCGGGGAGCGGCUGCACCACUACCUGGGGGACACCUGCAUGGAGUGGCUGGGCCGGUUCCUGCGGAGCCGGCGUGCCUGGGCCAGGAGGGCAGCCGCCCCCCAGUUGCAGGCCUGGUCCCGCCCGACCCCCAGGCGCCCGGGCUGGCUGACUCUCGAGUGCCUGGCCUGGGGGUUCCCGACGCGGGACGUCGAGGUGUCCUGGCUGCGGGGGAACGCGACCCUGCCGGGGGCCGAGGCAGGCGCGGGGCUGCCCAGCGGGGACGGGAGCUACCAACGCCGGACCCGCCUGCCGGUGCCCGAGGGACAGGCCCAGGGGGUGCGGUGCCAGGCCUCGCACGGGGACCUGGAGACGCCCCUGGAGACGACGUGGGCCCCCAGGAGCAUGUCGUGCAGAGGGGGCAUCUCCCCCGGGACCGUGGCCGGGGCGGCUCUGGGGGCGCUGGGAGGCCUGGCCUGCCUGGCCGGGGGGCUGCUGCUGCUGUGGAGGAGGCGAGCUGGCUGGAGCCUGCGAGAGUCCAACCUGGGCCUCGUCUCAGGCGAAGGGGCGCUCGCCGGUGUGGGUGCGCUGGUGCUGCAGCAGGUCCGAGCUCUGGCCGAAGCUCUUGCCGCACUGGGGGCAGGGGUAGGGGCGCUCGCCGCGGUGCAGCCGCCGGUGCGUCAGCAGGUUGGAGCUGCGGCUGAAGCUGCGCCCGCACUCGGCGCAGACGUAGGGCUUCUCGCCCGUGUGCACCCGCCGGUGGGCCACCAGGUCCGAGGCCUGGCUGAAGCGGCGGGGGCAGUCGGGGCAGCGGUGCGGGCGCUCGCCCGUGUGGAUGCGCUGGUGCUUGACCAGCACGGAGGUGUCCCCGAAGCGCUUGCCGCACUCGGGGCAGGGGUAGGGGCGCUCGCCCGUGUGCAGCCGCCGGUGCGUCCGCAGGUUGGAGCCCCGCAGGAAGCCCCGCCCGCACUCCGGGCACCGGAAGGGCUUGUCGCCCGCGUGGAUCCGGUGGAGGCCAGGUUGAAGCCAGCGCCGCAGUGCCCGCAGCGGAAGGGCCGCUCGCCCGUGUGGGCCCGCUGGUGCUGCACCAGGUCGGAGCUGCGCCGGAAGCCCUUGCCGCACUCGGGGCAGGCGAAGGGGCGCUCGCCCGUGUGCCGGCUCCGGUGGGCGGCCAGCCCCGACGGCACGGCGAAGGCCUCCCCGCACUGGCCGCAGCGCCCGCCUCUCCCCCCAGCAUCUCUCACCCUCCGGCUGCUCCAAACCAUCGUCUUCCCCAGCGCCAGCUCCGCGGACAUACAGCUGAAGGCCCUGCUGGAGACCCACUCCAGGACUCAGGACUGCAGCCCCUGCCAGAUCCGCUUCCUGCAGCCCUGGGCCCAGCGGGGCCUGACCCCGAAGCAGUGGCAGGACCUGGAGCUGCUGAUCCAUCGCUCCCUGUCCAGCUUCAUCCGUCUGAUGAACAAAGCGGUUAAGGAUGCAGGAGAGGGCUACCCCUUUGUUGCCCAGUUCUCCCCUGGCUGCGAGCUCCACCCCAACGGCUCCUCGACUCAGUUCUGUGACGCCGGGAUGAACGGCGAGGACUUCAUCAGCUUCGAUGCGGGCGCAGGCACCUGGCUCGCUCGGCAGGGGGACAAGCUGGCGCUCUACACCCGGGACCUUCUCAGCCAGGACAGGGGCACGACCGCCAUGCUUCAGUCUCUCCUGAGAACAACGGGUGUCCAUGGGAUCAAGAGCUUGGUCCAGCACGGGAGAGAGUCUCUGGAGAGGCAAGAGCGGCCGGUCGCCGUGGUGUUUGCCCGAGCGCCUCCCCCAGCCGGGACCCCCGCGCCGUUACUGCUGGUUUGCCGGGUCACCGGUUUCUACCCCCGGCCCGUCCGCGUGGCCUGGCUGCAGGACGGGGAGGAGGUGGCGCCGGGCGGGCGGCUGAGCUCCAGCGGGAUCCUGCCCAACGCGGACCUCACCUACCAGCUGCGCAGCUCCCUGGCCGUGGAGCCGGGCGACGGGCACAGCUACGCCUGCCGGGUGGAGCACAGCAGCCUGGGGGGCCAGAGCCUGCUGAUCCCCUGGGGGCACAGCAGGCGCUGGGCCCCGGCCUUCGUGGGCAUCACCCUGGGGGCUCUGGCCGUAGCCGCCGUGCCGUGGUGCUGUGGCGGAGCAGACGCAGGGGCUACCAGGACGUUAGACCAGGGGAGUCCAGGGCCGGGGGCGGCACCGGCCCAGGUGUGGGCAUUGGCCCGUCUCCUGGGGACAUGGACCUUGGGGCUGGAUCUGGUGGACCUGGUGCCUGGCUCCAGAGCUGAGGUGAAACACCUGAAUGAUUUAAUUUGUGAAUGCGAUCCCUCUAUGGAACGAAGCCUCAAAAUCACAUGUCGUAUUACGGACAAUUUGAGACCGUACCAAGAAAGGUUUGAGGAGCUCAAGAGACAACAGCAACAGUUGCCGAUCACCGUGGUUUUCAAGGAAAAACAACCAGCAGCAGACGAGCCCAUGCAAUCAACUUCUCGAGCUGAACCGGAGCCAACCACUUCGUCUACGACUCGCUCUCCGUUGCCCAAGCUCUCCGUCACCGCGGUCUCCUGGAUCGACAUCAAGCCCUGA